GUAAAAAAGGAAGAGAAGAGUAAGGAUGAAAAUCUGUUAGAUACGGAGAAUGCAACAGGAACUCACUCUGAAGGUGCCGACUCAAGAAAACACAGGUGCUCCACUGACUGUAAUGAGUCCAUUCCUAUCUCAGCUACCCAGGUAUGCCAUGUGGAGAGGAAUCUGUAUGGGAUGUGGGAAUUCGAGCAGAGGAAUACAUGAGAUCUUCCAGCUUCACCUCUAGUGACAGAAAAAAAGCUCCAUCUAGGGAUUAUGCUGUUCAGUUUGUGGAUGAACACAGGACUGAACUCAUCCAGAGGGUCCGGUUAGUGACCCCUAUAGCAGAUGACCUGAAGCCCUUCAUAGGAGAGGAGAAGUACUCCAUCAUCACAGCAUGUAAAACCCCACAGGAGCAGAUGAGGGCGCUGUAUGACUUCCUGUCUGGAGUGGAGAGAUUAGAGAAGAGAUUUUACAAGAGUCUGCUGAGGCAUGAACCUCACCUAGUUGAAGAUCUGACUGCAGCAGAUUAGAGCUAAAUGUUUAUCUAAAUAUUUACCUCAUUUAACUCAGGACAGAAUGCCCAGUGGUUUCAACUGAUAUUGAUAUUGGUCAUGUAUCCUGUUAUUUUUAUUUGCUUUGUUUCAUUACAAGUGUUUUAAACUCUGUGACCACAUCAAGCAUUAUUUUUAAUAAAAACAUAUAUUUUUAA